AUGGAUGCUGUGCCCUCCCUGGGAGGUUCCCUCCUAUCACUCUGCUUGGUGACGCUCCUCCCUAGUUUGUCCUGCCUCAUUCAGGACUUCGUUUCCCUUCCAGACGGGGGCUUCUCCUCCUACGAAGUGAUCACCCCUCUGCAGCUAGGAACGCGCGGGGGGGACCCCGAGGUAGCCGGCGGGGUGUCCUACCUCCUGCGCGUGGAGGGCAAGAGGCACGUCGUUCAUUUGCGGGUCAAGAAGCUUCUGUCGUCUAGACACCUGCGGGUUUUCUCCUUCACAGAACGCGGAGCCAGACUGGAGGAUCAACCUCACAUCCCUGCAGACUGCAACUAUGAGGGUUUCGUGGAGGGCUCCCCGGACUCCCAGGCCAUCUUGAGCACCUGCUUUGGGGGACUUCGGGGGAUACUGAACAUGAAUGGAAGCAUUUACCAAGUGGAACCCCUGAAGGCCUCCACCAAAUUUGAACAUAUAUUAUAUCGCUUGACAGAAGAACGGAUGGCCAACCAGACCUGCGGCUUAACUGACGAAGAAAUAGCCCGCCAAUUAGCCCAGAGUCAGAGGCUGGAGGUGCUUAGCAAGACAGAUUUUUCUGAGUCCUAUGUACACCUAAAGUAUAUAGAAUUGAUGCUCGUGAUGGACCACGAUAGGUACUUGACUCGACACUCCAAUAUGACCCAGAUGAUAGCUGAUUGCCUCACCUUGUCAGUAAUAGCGGACGCAAACUUUAAUAACUUGAACGCUCACAUUCAUCUGAUAGCCAUUGAAAUAUGGACAGACAAGAAUAAAAUUGAUGAAAAUGGGGACAGGUUACUCCAAGUCUUACAAUUAUUUUCUUUCUAUAAAAAAUAUGUUCUUCAUCCUCGGAUCUCCAUGGAUUGGGCUCACUUAUUUGUGGGCAAGCAGUUUGGGGAUGCUGCGGGAUGGGCUUGGGUCUCUGGUGCUUGUCACUCAUUUACGGCAUCUUCAAUCAGCAGCCUGCCCUGGGAAACCCAUCUCGAUUACGCUUUGGGGUUUGUUCAUGAAAUGGGGCACGGCUUCGGCAUGGCCCACGAUUCAGAGUUCUGUGUUUGUGCAGCCAAAAGGUGCCUCAUGGACUCUUCCUUGGGAGGACGGACAUUCAGCAACUGUAGCUUUGAGAGUUAUUUUGAUUUUGUCACCAAGAGAGGACAAUGUCUGUAUAACGUUCCAGGCGUGGUAUACAGAGUAGAGAGAUGUGGCAACAAAGUGGUGGAGAAAGGAGAGGAUUGCGACUGUGGCUCCAAAGCAGAAUGUAGACAUGAUAAAUGUUGUUUGCCAACCUGCAAAUUUAAGCGAAGGGCCCAGUGUAUUUCUGGUCUUUGCUGUAAACACUGCCGUUUUCAUCCACCUGGAAAGCUAUGUAGACCCAAGAGAUCUGAGUGUGACCUUGAUGAGUUCUGCAAUGGUACCACCAAUCUCUGCCCAGAGGACUUCUAUAAACAAGAUGGUACCCCGUGUGGUUAUAACAAGUCUGGCCUUUGUUACCGAAAUAGUUGCCAUUCUCAUCUCCAGCAGUGCAGAAAGCUUUUUGGUCAUAGUGCUCUGAACGGUCCAGCUUGUUGCUAUGCACAGAUCAACCAAGGUGAUCGCUUUGGCAACUGUGGACUCCAGGACAUGGAAUAUAAACGAUGUAAACCUCAGGACAUAAUAAGUGUAGCCGUCGAGGAGUGUGUAAUAACCGGAGGAACUGCCACUGUGACUUUGGAUGGGCCCCUCCAUUCUGCACUGAGCCUGGAUAUGGAGGAAGCAUUGACAGUGGACCUCCCUCAAAAUGGGAGGGGAGAAAGAGUGUAUUCAGGCACCUAA